CCUCCUCCAUUCCCUAUCCCCCCUUUCCUCUCCAAAUAUAUACCACCCCAUCAUCACUUCCCUCCUCUCUCUCUCUCUCUCUCUCUCUCUCUCUGUGACCCCACUAUUAACCGAGUCUCACUAAGGAAGGUGAGAUCGAUUCUGUAGAGAUGAGCGGAAUCAGUGUUAAUAGUAAUGGUAGUGGCGGUGGUGGUGGUGGGCCUUGUGGUGCUUGCAAGUUCUUAAGGCGAAAGUGCGUAAAGGGUUGCAUAUUUGCACCAUAUUUCGAUUCAGAGCAAGGAGCGUCGCACUUCGCGGCGGUGCACAAGGUGUUCGGUGCGAGCAACGUGUCCAAGCUGCUCUUACGUAUCCCAGUUCACAAGCGUCUGGACGCCGUCGUUACCAUCUGUUAUGAAGCCUUCGCUCGCAUCAGAGAUCCCGUUUAUGGUUGUGUCGGCCAUAUCUUCGCUCUCCAGCAACAAGUGGUGAAUUUGCAAGCAGAGUUGGCAUUCAUCAAAGCCCAACUCACAACCAUGGAGCUACCUCAGUCUCUGUCUCCAUCGCAAUCUUCUGCAUCGGCAAGCCUUGGCGUAUCUUCGGACUUGAUACCAACUUCUCUUGAAUCCAUGUGUUUUGACCCUGACCCUCUCCAGUUGCAAGAGAUAGUUGAGAUGGCAGAUUGUUGGAACCAAUGUGAUGACCAAAAUUCUAACAAUGGUGAUCUCUCGGCAUUGGCACAAGAAUUUGUCUCCAUAUACUUGCCAGGUGUACGAUUUCGACCAUCCGAUUCUUGUUGACGUGUCUAAACAACUGUUGCUAGUCUGAAACCAGUUUCUUCUAAGCCUUUUAGCAAUCAGUGUAACUUGAUCAUAGAGUCCUACAGACUAAUCAAAUUGACUUGAGCAUUGAAAUUUCUUCUUUUUCUUUCCCACACUCGAGAGGUCCCUAUAAUGCAGCUAGUUAUUGGCCAUUUGGCCUGGCUGUAAAUGGGUCCUUGUGGCUGUGGGCUGUGCAGUGCAGAGGCUUGAAAUGGGCUUCUUUAAUUACAAUUUUCAUUAUUUGGUAAAA